ACUGUGACAGGAAGUUACUUUUGACUCUCUUCUAACGGAUCAGACUCAUUUUUUUUGGUCUAACCCAACAUGCUCAUUUCAGAUUCUUUAACUUACUGAAAUUCUCCGACAAGGAUCAGUGUCAAGAUGAUAGUGUUAUGGAUGACAUUGCUUUUUCUUCAUCAAGUAUAUUCUCCGGUUCCAGUGAAAACAGUUCAGCUCGGUGAAGCAGCAACUUUAACAUGUGCUUUACCCGAAGAGUUCAUCAAUAGAGUCCACUGGUACAAGCAGAGUGUUGGGGAUACGCUUAAAUUCAUUGUGACACUGUAUGGAACUACAUCACCUCAGUUUGCUUCAGAGUUUAAUAAAUCAAGAUUUGGGGCACAAAUUGGUGCAAACUUUAGCAGCCUGACCAUUUUGAAGACUGUCCACGAAGAUGAGGGAAUCUAUCACUGUGGAAUAGACAACUGGAUUAAUAUUAAAUGGAAUGGAACAUAUUUGUUGAUAAAAGGAAACACUCAAAGGACAUCAGAAUAUAUUGUUGUCCAGCAGCCAGUAGAAUCAAAUCCAGUCCAUCCAGGAGACACAGCAGAUCUCCAGUGUUCAGUCUUCUCUGACUCUGAGAACGAGAGAUGUCCAGGAGAUCAUAAUGUGUUCUGGUUCAGAGCUGGAUCUCAUCCAAACAUCAUCUACACUGAUGGAAACAGUACGAAUCAAUGUGAGAAAAGAGCUCAGACUCAGCAGAAAAGAUGUGUUUAUCGCUUCUCUAAGAACAUCAGCUUCUCUGAUGCUGGGACUUAUUACUGCGCUGUGGCCACAUGUGGGGAGAUAUUAUUUGGAAAUGGAACUACAUUGGAAGUUGACCAAACAACACAAUCAGUAUUUAUUCAUAUUGCAAUAUUAAUAUCCUGUUUGGCCAUAUCUGUCAUUGGAAAUGUUUUCUUCAUCUGGAACCGAAGGGUAUGUAGAAAAUGUAAAGCUGUGCUUGCAAAGCUGUCUGUGGACUGA